AUGCAGAACCAAAUUGUGGUGAACUUCAAUCCUGGCAGUUCUCGGAGGGUCCUGGUCAACAACAGGGAGGUGGACCUCCAAAACCUGAAAGAGCUCAAGGAUCUUCCAUUCAAGCGCCAGGCAACUCGGGAAAAAGGGAUCAGGAGUGGAGCGGACUUCCUGCAAGAAACGCCAAGGUUCCCGGCUCAAAGAGCUUGUGUGGACUUUCCCUGGGCCGUUCUUUUCCUGCUGACGGUGGUUGCGCUGAUCCUCCUCGUGGCAACAUCCGCUGGGGAGCUCUUCAAGGGUGAAGAGCUCUCCAGGCAGCUGUCAAGCUCCCAUGGCCGUGCCCCAAGCUACUCGGGGCAAGCCAUGCCUGUGGACAAUGGUCCAGGCUAUGUGGGGCAAGCCGCGCGUGUGGACGAUGGUCCAAGCUCUGCGGGGCAAGUGGACCUUGUCAUGACCAAGUCUGAAGCUGGUACGCUGUUGGUGACUGCGUCUCUGGCAUGUGUGGCUGGUGCUGCUGGGGGCUUGACUUUGGCUUCCAUGUGGAUCGUUUUGGCCCAGGUCUGUGCCAGCACCAUCGUCUACUUUUCACUCUAUGCCAUUCCGACUCUGCUCCUGGUGGCGGGGGUCCUGGCACUGCUGGCUGGGAGUGGCAACAGUGGACUCCUGCUGUGCCUGGUUGGCGGUCUAUCACUGGCCGUUACGAAGUGCUGGGCUCGUUAUAUCCCUUUCACCAUUGAAGUUAUCCAGAUGGUCUCCACAGCCUUCAGUGAGAACUCAGAAAUGGUCGCCAUAUCUGCAGUUGGAGGUUUGCUCGGGCCUGUUUGGUUCGUAUUGGUGGCACUGGGCUAUGCAGCAUGCCUCUCCAAGCUUUCAGGUGGAUCUGUCGGAGAUGGUUCGGACGAACGUCAUGGUGGUUUAGGGUACCUCUUCCUCUUUGUGCUCAUCUGGGGCAGUGGCGUGAUCCAGAAUGUGUGCCACGUGGCCUAUUCCGGUGUCUUCAGCCGAUGGUACUUUGAGCAACGCGAGUCACCCCUUGUGAGCAGCCUCUAUGUGGCCACCGUCACAUCUUUUGGCAGCAUUUGUUUUGGCACCAUGACCAUGGCUGCCAUCCAGACUGUAGAAGCCAUUGUCCAGGGUGUGCAAGAGCAGGCCGCAGAGGAGGGCAACGUGGUUCUUUGUGUGAUAGCCCUCAUCUUGCAGUGCAUCAUUGCAUGCAUUGGAGAUUUGAUGGAGUACUUCUCUCAGUGGGUCUAUGUGAUGUGUGCCAUACGUGGAGGUUCCUUUUGUGGCUCUGCCCGGGGUACUUGUGCCCUGUUUUCCUGCGCAGGGAUGAAGCCCAUCAUGGGAGGCCUUCUGAUAGACCCCGUGGUGACCUUGGGAUGUCUGUUCGGCGGGCUGGGUGGCAUGGGCUUCGCUGCUUUUGCCGCGUUCACGCGUGCGUCUGGAGCUGGCAACAUGUCACGUGCAGAUGUGAUCGGUCUCUGUGCUGUGCUGGGGCUUGUAAGUGCCCUCAUCUCUGGUGCAGGAGGUAUGGCAGUCCUGAGCAGUGGGACCAAGGCAAUCUUGAUGUGCUGGGCAGAGGAUCCAGAUCGCCUGCAUCAACGUGGCUUCGAGGAUUUGCAUGCAGAGCUCAAGUUCAAAGCCCGUGAAUUCACCGGGUUUGUUGAAAACAAACCGCAGACGCCGUAG